AUGCUAAUCCUAUUAUUUAUUCUAAAAAUUGUGAUUGGCCAAACAGUUUGGGAAAACUUUUAUACUGCUUUUGUGAACGAUAAUAUGACUGAAUAGGAAUCUUGGGUAGUUACAGGAGCAAUGAUUGAAGACCACAUCGCAAGUUGUGCUGGAUAAUAAAUUAUUGGAGGAUAUGCUGCAUUUGGGAGUGGCACAGCAGUCUAAAAGUUAUUUUAUCUCCCUCCUCAUUAUAAACUAAGAAUUAAUUUAAAUUUCUGGAAAUUAGGCUGCUGGGAUAAUGAAGUAUAAUAUAUCAUAAUUGAUGAUAUAGUUUGGUAAUAAACAUUUAGUUGUGCUUAAGGUUUUAGUUAAUGUGGAAAGAGUUAUCAAGAUUACUUAUCUUAAGUUGAAAUCAUAACUACACAUAACUCUGAAACAUUACUAAUUUUAAUGAAGUCUGGUUUAGAUGGGUGGCAAGAUGAAUCCUGGGGAUUUAAUAAUUUCACUAUUGAUAUUUUAAAAUGUAUUCCUGAUUGCCUUCUUUGUAAUUAAAUUUCAUCUGACAUAUGUUAACCAGAAAUGGGUAUCAAGUUUAAUUAGAUUUAUAAACCUAAUGUUGAUGGGUGGUUUUUAACUAAUAAUUCGCCUGUUUAAACGACAAUUUGUCUUGAUAACAUAACUCUAAUUGGAGGAUAUUAAAAAUUAGGGAGAUCAGAUUUAUUAAAGACUAAAAUUAACCUCGAUCCACAUUAUUAAGUAUAAAUUAAAUUCAAAAUAUGGCUGAUUGAUAUUUCAAGUGUUUCUACCACUUUUAACAUUGUGAUUGAUGGGAUCUCUCAUCCAUUUACUAUUAUUCCUGCUAGGUCAAUUUCAUUCUGUUCUUCAUCUCAAUAAGAAAGCAUUUAUAAUGUUGAUUUUACCUAUAGUCAUCAGAAUCCUGAAUUAGAAAUUUAUAUAGCUCCAACAUCUUUAAGUGGAUCAAAUCCAUUCUGGGCAAUAUUUAACUUUAACUUAUAUGUUUUUAGAUGCUCAUCUCAUUGUGUUAAAUGUCCUGGACCUAUAAAAACCCAAUGUGAGAUUUGCUCAGAGGAAUGGUUUAAAGAUAAUGGAGAAUGUAACAGAAUCUAAAACCCUAUACAAAUAACCAAAUUAUAACUCAAUUAAAUUUUUAGAUCAUCAAUGUUUCUUCCAAUCCCCAUUUCAUUUGAAUUCUUAUAAAUUGAACUUUCAUAAUAUAUAGGGUUUUUCACUAGAUAACAAAAUAACUUUCAACUUGAUGUUUAAGUCUAAUGCAACCAUAAUGGCUUAAUACAAUCUAAAAUGAAUAUCUGUCAUUCCUGCUAAAGUUAUUAGAUUUACUCUCAAACCUUUUAAUGUCAGGAAUCCAUUAAAAAAUUCAUUAAACUUUCAAUUUAAUUAUAAAAACAAAAUAUAACAAGUGAAGAGCAAUAUUUAAUUAGUACUAACAACACUUACUUUCUUCUGCAAUAGAUAUACUAUAAUAGAGAAAUAAAGGUUGGAAAUAUUGUGGAAAUUUCCUUAUUGUAUAAUUGA